AUGGCGGACACCAUGGAUCUCCACAAGCUCGUCAAGAACUCGGUUCGACGUAGCUUGCCUCCAAAAUCAUUCCUAUACCUAUUCGAACAACUAGAUCGUCGCCAACUGAUUUCAGGAAAAGAAUUGCAUGAAUAUCUCAUGAAAUUCACCAACAAGCGAGCUUAUGACAACGCGGUUCAACAAUAUAUACUUGUUGUUGCCUCAUCCUCGUCCUCUAGAAUGGAACAAUUCUGGGUCAAUUUGGUUGAGCUUGAACAAGAAGACCAGAAGAAGCAUUUUCGUGGCUUGUACGAUAUGAUAAUAUUGAAAAAACCUCAGCCUGUCGUCCCAGAAUUAGUGUCUGACAUCAUAAAUGUCCACUUCCCCAAAUAUUUCGAACAACUUGUUGCCAAGAAUGCUACAGGAAAUGCAGACUUGAUCUCGCUUGCUUCAACUUUGUGGGCUACUCUUCUAGAUGCAUACUCAAGCUUGGUACAAUCGGACAAGUUAAAGCUGUUCGUGAUUUAUAUCAUGGCGCACAAGAGAUUUCUUAGAGAGGAUGUCAUGGAGUAUUUGUUAUACAAGUCACGUCCUGUUCUUCUGGCAAGUAACGUCGAGCUACCCAAUGAUAAUCUAAACUCCAAAGAUCUACCACUAGACUCCAAUGCCUCAAACUCGCUAGUCAGACAAUUAUCUGGACCGAUAACUAACAUGAAGAAAAACACAAGAUUAUUCGAAAUCAAGAAGUAUUUCUGGUUGUUGUCGAGUAUGAAAAAUUGGACAUUUAACCAAGACAACUUUCUCAAGGACUAUGAAAAAUUCUGUAUGUCCAAGUCCCAGAGCCAUAUUGUAAAGAAGUCGUAUUCUUUGGUUUAUGACAUUACGCUUUCCAUGUUCAAUGGAUUUGCAGUUUCGCUCAUAUCUGACGAGCCACCAUAUGUUCUCUUCAACUGGAACAAUUUCAUAAUCACGAGGCUCCCACAUAUACUUGCCUCAGUUAAGUUUCUUGCUUCAACAUCUGAUUCGUCAGAUUCAAGUCAGGAAACUCUCGAAGACGCCAUACUAAAUGCUUUCAAUGCCCUUAACGAGUCCACUGUGAAGGCGAUAACUGCGUUGGACUCGAAAACGUUUUCAUACACCGACUUACGCCAAGCUUUCAUCAAGAGUUGCGUUUACAGUGGUAUCCUUGCCGUACCAUCGUUCCACAGAUUUUUCCCCAUGGAAGCGAGGACAACACAACAAAUGUUGUCUCACGAAAUGCAUUCCUUCGGUAAUAUCGAAUCGGUACAGAAGGGACUCGAGAAGACGCUCUUAAAUAUAAGCUGUGAAUUUACUUCGCUUGAAGAGUCAGGAUUGUACGAGUAUAUUCAAUCGAUACCAAAGCUCUUGAAGUACCUGAAAUCAAAGCAAAUCGAAUUCACAAAUGUGCUACUGACUAUCUUUUCUCAAUUGAUAGAGAACAACGACGACGAAAAACUUUACAGGUUGUUGCUAACGCUCAUGAACAAUAUCGAGGCAAUGGAAUUAUUUGCAUUCAAUGCAAGCAGGGGUCCAUUGGAUGUAAUCGAGAAAUUGAUCGUAUUUCUUGACUCUAGCGAAUGGGGUUCAGAUGACGAUAACUUUCAAGAGUCAUAUACUCAUUUCGGCGUCAUUCUAUUGGGUAUUAUCAGCAUGAUCAACAUAUUUGCAUUAGACUUCUCGCAAGUACUGGUGAAAACUUCGUUUACAAGUGAUUAUAUCAACAAUUUCUUCUACCGUUUAUGUGACAACCUUUCGAACAGAGCCUCAACGACUACCGAGGAAGAAACUACCAUUGUCCAAAACUACAAUAGUUUGUGUGCUGAUUGGAUAAAUGCCCUUUUCGAUGACACUAAUGAUGGUCUUCCAGACGAUCUCAUUCGAGCCGUCCAUGUGAAGCAAAUCUAUAAAUUGAUUCCCAUUGUAUUUCAGCAAGCGGUUACAGCGACAAUUUCAAAGACGAUUAACUUCAAGAUUCUAACAAAAUGGCACUGA